UUCAUUUCCCAAGGCUCAUUCCCUACACCCGGAGGAACAAAACCAAACUAGUCCCCUGAGAUGGCCGCCGGAGCUGCAAUGCUCGGUCUCCCUCUUCCCUCCUCCCGCUGUCCCACCUCGUUCCCGCCGUCAACCUCAAGACCCCGCAAUCUCUUCCCAAAACCCCACCGGAGGAGACCAUCCCUUCGUCCCAUCUCGUCUUCUCUGCUCGAAGGCGAGCAGCAGCUCUCCUUCACUGAGCCCGAAGCUGUUCUCCUCGAAGCCCUUCUCGGGAUCCAGGGUAGAGGCCGCGCCGCUUCUCCCCAGCAGCUCCAGGAUGUCGAGCGUGCGGUGCAAACCCUGGAGAGUCUGCAAGGUGUUCCUGAACCUACAAGCUCCAGUUUGAUUGAAGGUUGCUGGCAACUAAUCUUCACUACAAGACCUGGAACAGCAUCUCUAAUACAAAGAACAUUUGUGGGGGUUGACUUUUUCAAAAUCUUUCAAGAGGUUUACCUUAGAACAGAUGACCCAAGGGUAUCCAAUAUUGUGAAAUUCUCAGAUGCAAUUGGUGAGCUAAAAGUAGAGGCCGCAGCAACAACCAAAGAUGGAAGACGCAUCCUUUUCCAGUUUGACCGGGCAGCAUUCUCCUUUAAAUUUUUACCUUUCAAAGUUCCAUACCCUGUGCCAUUUAGGCUUCUUGGAGAUGAAGCAAAGGGUUGGUUGGACACUACAUAUUUAUCCCAUAAUGGAAAUAUACGUAUUUCAAGAGGGAGCAAGGGUACCACAUUUGUGCUGCAAAAGGAAACUGAACCAAGACAAAGGUUGCUAUCGGCCAUAUCUAGUGGGACAGGAGUAACAGAGGUGAUCAAUGAACUUGUAUCUUUAAAUCAGAAAGAGGCAAUAUGUGAAUCAGAAACUAUAGAGGGAGAAUGGCAAUUACUAUGGGCUUCACAGGUUUAUUCUCGUAUGGAUGCAAUGAAAAAUGAAAGCUGGUCAUCCAUUGCUGCUAAUGGUCUUAAAGGUUUGCAGAUUGUAACAGCAGAUGGACGACUGGAGAAUCUGGUUGACCCAUUUCCGGGUUUCAAAAUCAGUGCUAAUGGCAAUCUUACGAAAAACCUGUUUGCAUGUUCUAACCAACCAUACAGAAUAUCCAACAGCAGCAUGUACAUUGUGAUGAUGAAUGACGGGGCUCUUUCAGUUGGUACCUUAAAAUUCCCCUUGGAUAUUAAAAGCGAGUUUCACAUGGAAUCACUUUAUGUCGACAGCAAGGUCAGAAUAACCCGAAGUAAUAAGGGCAUACUACUUGUCCAUUUGCGCCUCGAUAGAAGUAGGAGAAUAUAAGUAUGAAAAGAGAAGAAAGAGUGAGCAUAUUACCACCCAAGCUGUUUCUCAUUUUCUAGAAGAGUAUGCCAGUCAGUUUGCCGGUUCAACUUCCCUGGUUGUCAUGAAUAUUACUAUCCAGUACUUGCUCUGAUCUAAUCAGGAUAUAAACUUUCUCUGACAGGACCUUGCUUUCAACUGCUUGUAUUUAAGUGGUGAGAAAUUUUAAAAAAGAUCACAAGAAUUUACUUUUACCAUGCUGUCUUGCAAAACUUACCAAAAUCUCGGCUUGAGCUUCA